GUGCGACAUCGUUACAACUUUUUGAGGGUUGUGGACUUUUGCGGUUGCAGACAAGUGGCAAGGCGCUAUUACAAUAAUAUAGGUACUGAGGCGUCCCAUACUGUUGCUGUUCAAUUUAAUUGAUAGUAUUAUAUCAGACAGUUGAUACCAGUGCGUUGAAUUUUUAAAAAGUGCGUAAUUUUGAUUAUUCAAUCGACAUUUUGCAGGACAAAGGUGAAAAAUGUCGGACGAUAAAAAGGACUCUAAAGAAUCUGAACACAUAAACUUGAAGGUGUUGGGUCAGGACAACGGCGUUGUGCAGUUUAAAAUUAAGAAACACACUCCUUUAAGGAAGUUGAUGAACGCCUAUUGCGAUCGAGCGGGGCUGGCAAUCGCAGCAGUGCGAUUUAGAUUUGAUGGCCAACCCAUUCAUGAACUUGACACCCCAGCAACAUUAGAAAUGGAAGAAGGUGAUACAAUAGAAGUGUAUCAACAGCAAACAGGCGGUGGACUUUGAUUUAGUUCUUAAU